CUACCUUAUCCAUGCAAAUGUUAAGUUUGACAGACACGCCCAUAGUAUAUAGAUGGACCGAGCCCAAUUAGACACAAAUAAGAACAAGCCCACUAACAAUUUGAGGCCCAGGUCCAAAUACAAUUAUUAGGGUUUCAGUCGAACUAAACCAAUUACAAGUCAGCUGCUCCGCCAUCUUGUUCUAGGUUUUACGAUUUCAUCGUCUCAACAGAACUAAACGGAGCAUUUUUCGUAAUCAAAGCUCCAAUCGAGUUAAGAAAUGGUGAAAUUCAUCAAGCCCAACAAAGCUGUUAUCGUUCUUCAAGGCCGAUAUGCCGGCCGGAAAGCUGUGAUCGUCCGAAACUUCGAUGAAGGAACCCGCGACCGGCCCUACGGCCAUUGUUUGGUAGCAGGGAUGAAAAAGUACCCGAGCAAGGUGAUUCGCAAAGAUUCAAAGAAAAAGACAGAAAAAAAAUCGAGAGUGAAAGCAUUCAUCAAGCUUGAGAAUUACCAGCACAUUAUGCCGACGAGGUACACGCUCGACGUUGAUCUCAAGGAUGUGGUUAAUGUGGAUUGCUUACAGUCGAGAGUGUCGAAGGUAUCGGCGUCAAAGGAGAUCAAAAAGAGAUUGGAGAACAGGUUUAAGACUGGGAAGAACAGGUGGUUUUUCACCAAGCUUAGGUUCUGAGGGAAUCAUUUCAGGUGUUAGAGGUUUGUUUUUUCUUGAUUCAAAUUUGGAGAAACGAUUUUGAUUAUGAUGAUGAAUGAAUUUGUUGAUUUUCUUUUUAGCUCUAAAUGGGGAGAAGGAGGAAGAAUGUAAUCCAAUGAUUUUGAGUCGCUCAAUCUCAUUUAAUUUUCUCAUAUUUGGAUACAGAUUCAAUACCGAUUGUUGAUGAAAAAAACAAGAAUUUUAGAGGAUCAAAUGGUAUUUAUUAGUAGCGAUCACAUAUAGUAGUAGUAGUACAUCUAGGGAGAUUCUUUCACAUUGUUCUUUCACGGGUUUGAUUCAAUCAGUCUCAAUUUUUGUUAUUUGUUUUUA